AUGUCAGCUGAAACUGCCGCACACGUCAAUAGCUUAGUGCUGGAUGCGACACCGCUGAUCACACAGUCGUAUUCCCACUACCAAAGCUAUGCCAAGUCAUUUUUCACCACACCUACAGUUUUCCAGGAAAUCAAGGAUGAGCAAGCCAGGAAGAACCUGGAAUUAUGGCGGAGUCUGGGGACGCUAGAACUGCGUCACCCUAAAGCUGAAUCGAUCAAGAGGGUGAAGGACUUCGCGAUGCUUACUGGUGACUACGCAGUUUUGAGCGCCAACGACAUUCACAUCAUCGCACUGACAUAUGAGCUGGAAGUUGAGCUGAACGGCGGUGACUGGAGACUCCGUACACGCCCUGGUGAUGAUCUUGCUGAAACAGCUGAAAAGGAGGCCGAUCAGGAGAAGGAGGUGCUAGCUAAAAGCAAAAAGAAGCGUAGAAGAGGCGGUAAGAAGCAGCGUGAAAAGAGGCAACAGCAGGAGCAGGAGCAGGAGCAGGAGCAGGAGACACAAGGACAGGAGCAGGAAGGUGCGGGCCUAGCGCAAGACCAGGCUAGUGAGCCCGACGCCCAAGAGCCCCACGAAGACGAAAUCGCAAAUUCACUAGAGAAUUUGGAGAUGGCUGAUGCGCAGUCAUCCCAAGAAGCCGCAGAUGGCUCUUACUUCGAAGAUGAUGACGACGGAGAGUGGAUCAAUCCAGAAAACCUUACUGAGGUUAUGAUAAAAGACAGCGGCGAAGACACCAAAGGAACAAACGUGCGCGAGGAUUCCCACGAGACGACAUCCGAGAACCAUCUAAAACUCCCUCAGAACCAAGUGGCCCUUGCCACUGGUGAUUUUGCAGUGCAAAACGUGGCGUUGCAGAUGAAUCUGAACCUCAUGAACUUCCUGUCGGGUCUGAAGAUCAGAAAGCUCCGGAACUACAUGCUCAGAUGUCAUGCCUGCUUCAAAAUGUUGCCCCUCCCCAAGGACGGCACUCCCAAGCACUUUUGCCCCUCAUGCGGUGGCUACUCAACUCUUAUGCGCUGUGCCGUAUCCGUAGACGCGGCGACAGGCGACGUCACACCGCACUUGAAGGCAAACUUCCAAUGGAACAAUCGCGGAAACCGCUAUUCGAUAGCAAGUCCUCUAUCAAAGAACUCACAAAAACGUUUCGGAAAGAAAGGUUUCGUCCACAGUAAGCACGCCCAAACAACCGACCUACUGAGAGAAGACCAAAAAGAGUACGAAAAAGCCCUCAAACAGGAAGAUUGGACCCGCAGACACAACGAGAAGAUCCUAAAUGACUGGAUAGGAGGUGGUUCGGCAGAGAACUUCAUAUCGCCAUUCGCGAUUUCGGGCCUGAAACAUCACUCCGUCAAGGUUGGUAGAGGCCGCCACGCAAACAGUUCUAGGAAGAAGAAAUAA